GCAGACUCGGUGCUGGUGCAUCGCGGAGCCGCAGACCGGAGCGGACCGGAGCAGAGGGAGGAGCGGGUGCAUGGCGCGGACAGAAGCCGCAGCAGAAGCAGCAGGAGCCGGGCGCUGAGUCCGAAGCAUGCCCCAGCGCAGCCAUGACCUGCUCGGCGUCAGAUAGCGAGAAGAUCGUCAUCAACUGCGGCGGCAUCCGGCACGAGACCUACCGGAGCACCCUGAAGACGCUGCCGGGCACGCGCCUGUCCUGGCUCACGGAGCCCGACGCCUUCAGCAACUUCGACUACGACCCGAAGACCGACGAGUUCUUCUUCGACCGGCAUCCCGCCACCUUCGCCUUCAUCCUCAACUACUACCGCACCGGGAAACUGCACUGUCCCAACGACGUGUGCGGCCCGCUCUUCGAGGAUGAGCUCGCGUUCUGGGGCAUCGACGAGACGGACGUGGAGGCGUGCUGCUGGAUGAACUACCGGCAGCACCGAGACGCGGAGGAGGCGCUGGACAGUUUCGAGACGCCCGAGCCGGACGAGCCCGAGAACGACCCGGCGCUGACCGGAGGCGCGGACGGGGACCUGAAGCGGCUGUGCGUGCAGGAUGACCGGCGCAGGCCCACGUGGUGGGAGGUGUGGCAGCCGCGCAUGUGGGCGCUUUUUGAGGACCCCUACUCGUCCAAGUACGCCCGGUAUGUGGCCUUCGCUUCGCUCUUCUUCAUCCUCCUCUCCAUCUCCACCUUCUGCCUGGAGACGCACGAAGUCUUCAACACCAUCUACAACAAGACGGAAAACGUGACGGUGGGAAACGUCACCCGCGAGGAGAUCGUGUACGAGGUGGUGACUGACACCUGGCUCACGUACGUGGAGGGCGUGUGCGUGAUCUGGUUCACCAUCGAGGUCAUGGCCCGCGUGGUCUUCUGCCCGGACAAGGCCGAGUUCUUCCGCAGCGCGCUCAACAUCAUAGACUUUGUGGCCAUCGUGCCCUUCUACCUGGAGGUGGCUCUGAGCGGCCUGUCCUCCAAAACCGCCAAAGACGUGCUCAGCUUCCUGCGCGUGGUCCGGUUCGUGCGUAUUCUCCGGAUCUUCAAGCUCACCCGGCACUUCGUGGGUCUGCGGGUGCUCGGGCACACCUUGCGGGCGAGCACCAACGAGUUCCUCCUGCUCAUCAUCUUCUUGGCCCUGGGCGUGCUCAUCUUCGCCACCAUGAUCUACUACGCCGAGCGCAUCGGGGCCGACCCGGACGACCCCACGGCGGCCCGUCACACCAACUUCAAGAACAUCCCCAUCGGCUUCUGGUGGGCCGUGGUCACCAUGACGACGCUGGGGUACGGGGACAUGUACCCGGAGACGUGGUCGGGGAUGCUGGUGGGGGCCCUGUGCGCUUUGGCCGGCGUGCUGACCAUCGCCAUGCCUGUGCCCGUCAUCGUCAACAACUUCGGCAUGUACUACUCCCUGGCCAUGGCCAAGCAGAAGCUCCCCAAGAAGAGGAACAAGCACAUCCCGCGAGCGCCGCAGCCGGGGAGCCCCAACUACUGCAAGCCCGACGCCCUCGCCAUGGCGACCGCCUCGCCGCACAGGCUCAUGGGUAACGUGCUGGGGCCCGGCAUGGUGGGGUCCGGGAGCAUGAUGGGCACCGGAGACUGUCCGCUGGCCCAGGAGGAGAUCAUCGAGAUCAACAGGGCAGACUCCAAACAGAACGGCGACGCGGCGAACGCGGCGCUCGCCAACGAGGACUGCCCCACCAUCGACCAGGUGUUAGGGGACGAGCGCAGUCCUGCCACCGGGGGCCUGGGCUCCAACACCAGCCGCGAGCGCUACCCCCACGACCGCGCCUGCUUCCUGCUCAGCGCCGGCGAGUUCCAGCGCACCACCGACGGCAACGUCCGCAAAGUGCUGAGUUUCUGAGCGGAGAGAGAGAGGGAGUAAACUUUGAACAAGCUGCACUUUCAUCUUCCUCAUUUGGAUUCCGUGGAGAAGCAGAGGGAGGGAACAGAGAGAGACACGAGGAAGAGGUCAUCCGUGACACCCCCAUCCGCAUACCCAACGACUGUGGCCAAAGUCAGGGGCUGAACCACCUCCGCAGUACCGACCGGAGACUGCGGAAAACACCGGUAGCCGUCAGCCGGGCAUUCACGAUAAAGACAAUUGCGCCGGAUGCCCUCUUUUUGUGUCAACGAAUUCUCCAAGAGGAUGUUCUCAGCCCUGUCCACGUUCUACCAGGACUCCUGUGGCAUCUAGAACACUAUGCAAGACAAUGGUGGCAGUGCAUGUCACGACGAACACUCCGGCGUGGGGGUUCGACCCGGGGUUGGGGGGGGGAAUCCAACCGAGCCGCAGUUGGUUUUGGGUUCUAGUUUCGUCAUACAUAUCAGAAACAUCAGCCAUAUCACAGCGCCACGGCAAGAGGAAAAGCUGCUACUCAUUUUUUGGCGCGGUUUGAACGAUCUUAAAAGACCCUGCGGUGCGUAGGAACCUCCUUCUAUCUCUCUCUUUUCUCUCCACAGAAUCCCCGCCCCCGUCCUCUUGCAUCUCCCAAUCGUUGCCUCUCCUCUUUUAGCAAAAGUGCAUGGCAUGAUAGAAAACAAUUUAACGAGAAAACAAAAAGACACUGGUCGGUUUUGGGGGGGGGAAGGGGUACGAGGCCGGGAGCCCACGAUGAGAAAACGGGGACUCCCUUUUUUUUUUUCCACGCUGCAAUGUCAAUGCAAAGUCAGUACGAUCAUCCGAGCUAUUUUUUAAUCCUCCCCAAAGCGACGGCUAAUAUGUGAAAAUCAGCAUCUCUUGCACCAGUGCGAUGAUGGAUGAGGGCCGCUCCAGCGCGCUACGGGAACCGCGGCGGCGUGGAGAGGGGGGUGGGGGAGCCGCGUGGACCGUACACUCAAUAUACCUCUCUGGGACGACGAAAUGGAGGCUUUAAAAAGAAAAGCAGGGAUCAGCAGAAUCUACACAACACCUUAGAGCUACUAAUCUAGGAACGAACAAAAGAAAAAAAAAUUAGAAAUGCAUUUUUAUUACCUUGUUUACCAGCAUGAAUAUUCUGCAUGACAUCUGCAAGCCAUUUUGAAGCUCCCCGUAACAAACAGGGCUAGAAUUUGAGAAUUGAAAAAAGAAAUUAUAGUAUAUGCAGAAAAAUAGAUUAGUUUUUAAGGUAUUACAGAGUCUUGUUACAUCUACCUUGUUUUGGUUCAUCCCGACGCAUUUGAAAGUUAAAAAUAGCGCCCACCUAAAACGACCCCUACACUUGCGCAAACCCUGGACUUCUGCUUCUGCUUCGCGAAAACCUCUCCUAGUUUUCCUCCUCUGUAUCUGUUUAAAAAGGUGUGAUUCUCUCCAAUAAUGGCAGCUCUGGCACAUGCACUUGCUGGACUUGGAAAAAUGUCACCAAAAUCACCAAGUACCUGCUUUUCAUAUCCGUGUCGUGGUUUUUUACGUUGGUUCGAUGGCGGGAAAUCGGCAAACGGGCGUGUGCAAUCUAUGUGUGAGUUUUAUGUGCGCAGGGUCAAGACGGCUGCUUCACCAAACAUAUUUUAGUCCAGGUUUUUGGGGAAAUUAACCGUGUACAGAGAUUGGCAAGAUCUAGAACCAAAAUUUUAAAUGGGCAAUAUUGGCGAUUAUUUUGUUGUCAUUUUUGUACUUUAUCUGUAAAACCCUUCCAGACCUAAGGGCAAUUUUAGAACAUUUUUACCGAGAUUUUUUUUCCUUAAUUUUGUUUUAGCACAGCCUGAUAUUUCACAAUUUUCAUGCUGUAGUUGUGUCACAUGGUUGUAAUAAAAGCUACAGGACCAGAAAUACAAAUAUUUAAAGCAGAAAAUAAGAUUCACACUCUUUCAUACAAAACAAAACACACAGCAGACAUGUAUUAACAACUUUCUCGACAUAAAAAAAUGCUUAAUUUAGGGCCUUAGCUACUAAAGUGCAAAAUAUCAAGUGUGUAAGUAAACUAAAAAUAUUCUUAUUGCCUCAAAACAAAUAAAAAGUGCAAUGGCCUCAUGAUUUUCCUGGUGCCAGUCGUGGAAAAAAGCUCGUAUCAGGUCCACAUCACUUCCAUGCAAAUACAAAUACCAAGAGAUGCGCAAUUACACAGACUAAGAUGUGUAAUUUGGCAUUUAUUUGAGAAAUAACUGCACUUAGAGUCACUUUUUGAAUUGUUACGAACGCAGACGCUCAGAGCAGUCGACCAUUUUGAGUCACUACACUCUUGAACGUAGAGCAUGCGUUUGACGGAAAACAAAGUUCCUAUUGGAAAUUUUUUUUCCCGACGUCAUCACGCAGCAUUUGACGUAGGAUAAUGCCGGAAAUAUGCUCAGAAAACCACAACUGUCAGCUUUACAAGGGAGAAAAAAGUAUGUUUCUAUCUGUUAUGGUUGGAAAGUUAUGCAUGGUUUUGUAAAACAUGUCUGGUCUGGAAGGGUUAAAAAAAAAAGUACAGAAAUAUCAUUAUAGACCCUUGUUUCCAAACGUAUAAUUGCUUUUCCAAUUUACCAAAGACUGAAAAUUAUAAUUUUGAUAACAAAUUUUGGAUCAUCUUUUCCCAUUUUAUUGAUAUUGCCCGCCUCCAUUGAUUUAAAAAAAAAAAUUACAGACCAGUUCUCUGA